UCGGCUGAACUCUUUCGACGCGGUCGAUCGAAAUCGAAGGCCCAUGUACUGAAUGCGACCAACGGCCCUCCUUCUCGUUCGCACACCAGACCAGACCAAUUAGCGUAACAGAAGGAACACUUCUCCUUCUGGACGACUUAACUGUAUUUGCCAGCGACUUAAUGAUGGAUUCAUGGUGGUAAUUUCGUCCCAUUCAUUAUCAUUCAUCUAAUUAUGCCACGUCCUGUGAUUAUUCUGUUUAAUGCUACCGUACUUUCAGCUCUACCUCCUCUUCAAUAUAAAUAUGUGGACACAGUAACCUAUCUUUCCUCACUGCUUCCAUCCUCUUUGCGUAAGUUAUUCUUUCUGUUUGCUGCAGUUCCAAAUUUCAUCUCUCCUUACAUUGUCGCGAGAAAUAUGUAGCCAACUGACUUAUUCUAUCUUCUUACAGGGAAUCCUUCAUUCUUCCGCAUUCUUAUUCACGGAUAACUGCGAGCUGCUGUGUGUCCUUCAGUAUAUUUCACAAUGGCUGCUGGACAGAGUGAUCUUCUUCGUUUAUCUGACCUUAAUCCAAGCAAAAGACGUGCCGCGGUCUGUGCACGUGUAGCUCGUGUGUGGGAAUUCAAUAAAGACAACAGGCUUGCUCAUCUCGAUACUGUAUUCAUUGAUGCAGAGGGGAACAAAAUGUAUGCUGAGGUAGGACCAGGUCAUGCAGACAAGUUUAAGAGUCUGCUUCAGGAAGGAAACCUCUGCAUUCUCCGUGAUUUCUUUGUGCAGUCAGCAAAGAACAUGUUUAGGGCUGUGGAUGCAAAAUUUAUGAUGAAGAUAUCACCUUGGACAAAGAUACAAGUCCAGGUUGAAGUUCCACAAAAUUUUCCAAGAUAUGCAUAUUCCCUCACUGAAUUUAACCAACUACCUGGACUUGUUGGGAAGACGGAAUCAUUCAUAGGUAAGUUCUAUGGAAUUUCUGUAUUUCACUUUUUUACGCCUACCAAUGUUCACACAUCAUUCAGGCCUGUUGGUAAAAUCAUUGCUGGUGUGGUAGACGAUCCUGACUGUGAUUCGAUACUGAUCAGGCCUGUUGGUAAAAUCAUUGCUGGUGUGGUAGACGAUCCUGACUGUGAUGUAUGA